UGUGUAUCUUCGCUUAUAGUAUCUGUGCAUGACGUAAAACGUACAGACUUUGACCUGUGCUGUUACGAGACGUAUUAUCUGAAACAAAACUCUUAUUAUUCCUACAAGGCAAAUGUAAUUUGCAGAAUUCAACUGAAUUAUACGUAACCAUUGUUAAAGUAUAUAAGCCUAGUUGUUUGGAGUGAGAAGACAUGAAAAUCAUUUUUGGAGCAAUUCUGGACUUGUGUAAGAACAUUCCCAGUAACGGGCGUUAUCACCUUAAGGCCCCUGAAAAAUAAACUUUAGAACUUACCUUCAGUUCUUAGCGUUAACUCUGAAUCUGUUGCUUAUCAAUACGCGACUUCGACAGUUUAAUAGUUACGUAUUAUUUUAGGGUGCGUGGAUAUUAAACUAUCGUAAGAUCACUAGUUUACCCCUUGCAUAUAAAUUACGUGCAAUAUGAUGAAAUUUUUCAAAAAGAAGAAGAACUACGAACUUGCUAUCGGCAAUGUUAGUGAAAGACCUGCCCAAUACAAUGCUGUUCGGUCUUCCAUCUUGGAAAACCCGCAGAAGGAAGAUAAGCUUCCUAGUAGUUUUAUCAGAAGAAAGUCAGUUUUUGCGGAACAUUAUGACCCAGAAGAAGAUGAAGAUGAUGACAAUGAUAAGGUUGUUUAUCCCAAGUCAGAUGAACAAAGAAAGCAACUUGCUGAAGCAGUUAAAAAUAUUCUUUUAUUCCGAUCACUGGACCAGGAACAAGUUCAAGAAUUACUGGAUGCUAUGUUUGAAAGAAAGGUUAAGACUGGAGAUAUCAUCAUUCAUCAAGGAGAUGAUGGAGAUUACUUCUAUGUUAUACAGAGUGGAACUUACAACAUCUAUGUCAGCACAGAUCAAGAAAAUGAAACAUUUGUGGGUAAAUAUGAAAACUCUGGCAGCUUUGGUGAACUAGCACUGAUGUACAAUCAGCCUCGUGCUGCUACAAUUAAAGCAGCAUCUGAGGGAUCUCUCUGGGCAAUGAGUCGUCAAGUCUUCAGGAAAAUUGUACUUAAAGGUGCGUUUAAAAAGAGGAAAGAAUAUGAGACACUUUUGGAAGGAGUUCCUAUGUUACAAUCUCUAAAUUCAUUUGAAAUAAUGAACUUGUGUGAUGCCCUGAUGCCCAAAAGCUAUAAAGAUGGGGAUAUAAUUAUUAAACAGGGUGAAGAAGGUGAUGGAAUGUACUUUGUUGAGAAUGGCACUGUUCGAAUUGUGAUGACAAAUGAGUCUGGAGAAGAAAAGGAACUAUUGAAGUUGAGUAAAGGCCAAUAUUUUGGUGAAUUGGCUCUUGUUACACAUAAGCCUCGAGCAGCUUCUGCUUAUGCAGUAGGAAAAAAUGUGAAAUUAGCAUUUUUGGACGUGCUUGCCUUCGAACGAUUGUUAGGUCCUUGUAUGAACAUUAUGAAGCGCAACAUAGAAGAAUAUGAUGAGCAGCUUAUCAAAAUCUUUGGUUCAAAGGCAAAUAUAAGUGACCUGCGGUGAAUGUUUCCCGUAAAUGUUGUUCUUUCAGUGUUUCUAGAACCAGAGUCAACCCUAGUCACCAUCUAAGCUGUAUAUCAGCUGGCUUAAACUCACAGAAUGAUUUCCAUGUGUAUGUAAAGACACCAAAUGUAAAUGUAUCUUAACAGAAUCAGAUGUACAAUGACUAGCCUAUCAACAGCGGUUACUCACUUAAUACAUUUAAAGUAAGCAUUUUUAGUACUGGUGCAAAAUAGUAUACUCAUACACAACUAAUGUUUUAUAGUAGUAUGUGUACUAAUCAAAAAAGCUGUAAUAUCUUAAAAUUUGCUAGAAUAAAAUUUAUAUAUAAUUCCUCAAAAAACGUUCACAAAAGUUGAAAUGUUGGGAAAUUCAGUGUUAAGAUAUAAUAGGUUUAGAGAAAUAUUAAUCAGUAGAUCACUUUGCAUAAUAUUAUUCAUUUCAUCAGUUUCCUGAUGAUACUAAAUUUUGUUGAGUAACAUUUAUUCAUAAACAAAUAGCUGUAUAAAGUUUCAUGUUUUUCUGACCUGAAUACACCUUAUUUAGGUAAGCAUUUUGAAUGCCUUUUUUUUUUUUCAUUAUUAUUAUUUAACAUAGCACAUUUGCCACUAGUUUUUCAUGAAUUACUGGUGUCCACAAAAUACUGAAAUUUAUAUAGGAGUUUUGAAAAACUCGUACUCGGACAAAAUCUGACUUUUUAAGGGAAAAAAGUACAAUACUUAUGUUGAUUUUAUGUUAGCGGUAACUUUUAUGAAUAGUUAAAUUAACCAUUCUUGUAGUUUCCAUUUUAUCCAGAAUUGUCAGUAGGAUGUGUUGGAUAUGUUUGAAUAUAGAUAUAUAUGUAAUAUGUAUUUCUAUGUUUCCUUAAUGUUUCAUUGCAGUUCAUGUGAACUUCUGGUUGUUUUCAUAAGUAAGAUAUCAAAAUGUCCAUUACAAGCAAUGUGAUAUGCAGGUAUGUUACCCUUGUGUCAGCCUGUACCGGUUUCUAUUAUUUGGUUGUUCAGUAAAGGUCUAUAUACUUUAAAUGUUGUGAUAUUAAUGCUGAAUUGCACCUUGCUUAUUUCCAUAUACAUAUAUUAGCAUUAAACUAAUUAUCUGUAAUUAUUUUCUUCAGUUUCUUUUGUUAUGUAGCAGUAGUUUUAGUUUGUGUUGAUUUUUACAGUGUUUACAUAAUAUUCUUAUGUUAGGGUUUUUCUUGUAAUUUAUUUGUGUGUAACAAACAUUUAUUACCUGAAUAACUAGUGUUGUAUUCAUGUGGAGCCGAGGCAUUUUGCCCUCAAGUUUCUUGUUAUUUAAUAUGCCACAAAAUGGCAUUUCUUACAUUCGAAAAAGUUUAGUUUGUGUAUGUUUGUUUUUAGCACAGAUAAAAGUUAUUUGUUAGUUUACAAAAACUAGUGUUUUGUUGUUAGUGCCAAUAUUUUCUACUGAAAAUGGCACACCAUAUGUAGGGUUGUAACUUUUUUAUUGACCAGUCAUUCUUAUGUGGUUGCUCUUUAACUAGACGAUUUAUGGAUUCUCUGUAAGAAAUAAAAGUAGUGUUC